UUGACCACACAUUACAAUAUAAAAAUGUUGUUGUUAUCUUUAUGAAAUUGAAUAUUUUUCGAUUUUUCAGGCGAAAAAUGACUGCGCCUUUGAUUGAUAAAUAUCGGAAAUUGGCGUCGUUUGAUUGGCGAACUUUUAAAAAUACUAUCGAAGGAGAGGAACAUGUAAUUCUAAAGGUAUGGUUAAUUUUUAACUAAAAAUUCCGAAAAAUCUUCUUCACUUUCAGCAAAAAAUCGUUGAUAAAAUGAAAGCGGAGCCGGUAUUUCAAAGAGAUUUUCGAGUUUUGAGUUUGGAAGAAAGUCGAGAAAUAUCGCAUAAAAGAUGGAAGAAGAUUUGUGAAUGGAAUCUUUUCAAAGAUGUGAGUGAUUAUUUUAUUAGUUAAAUCAAAAAGGGGUUAUUGUACUCGUACCUUACGUACUCGCGGCGUUUUCCAAGAGAAAAAAAAAACAGAAAUGAAACUUUUUUUAAAUGAAAAACGUGUCACACCUUGUCACGUGAAAAUUUAGUUUUUUUGGCGACAUUAAUUUCUAAAUAAAAAGGUUGGAAAACUGCUUUUACCCCUUCAACUGGAAUCUAUUUAAUUCAAAUUUCAGCCAUACUCGGAUGUAGAUCAAUUCCACGCACUUGUCGAAGUUCUUGAAGGAUACGACCAGGGAAACGCAGCUCGACUCUUUCUUCAUGCAAAUGUAUUUGGCGCAGCUGUAAAAUCUCAAGGAACUGAAAGACACGCUGAAAUUAUCAAGAAAAUCGAUAAUAAUGAAGUUGUUGGUGCAUUUUGUUUGACUGAAAUCAGCCAUGGCUCAAAUACAGCUGAAGUUCAAACCACAGUAACCUAUGAUAAUGGAGAACUUAUUUUUAAUAGUCCGAAUAUUGGAGCGAUCAAGUGUUGGGCUGGAAAUCUAUGUGAGUUAUUCUUUCUAAAGCUCUAAAUAAAUUAAUCUUGCAUUUAUCUCAAUUUUCAGCUCACUCUGCAACCCACGUGGUUGUUUUCGCUCAACUCCACGUGGCUGGAAAGAAUGAAGGUUUUCAUGGAUUCGUUGUUCAAGUUCGGGAUCCAAUCACUUUUCAAACUCUUCCUGGUAUUACAAUUGGAGAUAUGGGAUCGAAACCGGGAGCAUGGCAAGGUGUGGAAAACGGGUGGCUCAAAUUUGAUGUAAGUUUUUGUCGGGGGAAGUUUUUGGAUGGAACAUUGAAUACAUUAUUUCAGAAUCACCGUGCUCCUUUGAUCGCUCUUCUGAACAAAGGCUGCGAUAUUACAAAAGAUGGAAAAUAUGUGACAAGCUUCAAAUCGGCCAGUGAAAAACAAAGUGUCAGCUUGGGAACUUUGUCAGUUGGAAGGUGGGUCAUUUUUUAUUUGAAAAAGUUCUUCGAAAAAAAUUCCUAUACAAAUUUCAGACUAGGAAUUAUUGGAAAAGGUGUGACGGCUUCUAUGAUGGCAUCAACAAUUGCACUAAGAUACAGUGUAGCUCGUCGACAAUUUGGGCCCAUAAAAGGUGUCGAAAAUGAGAUUCCGGUUUUUGAGUAUCCACUUCAACAAUUCAGACUUUUCCCGUAUUUGACAGCUUCGAUUUGUAUGAGGAUUUUUCAGAAAAAGUGAGCUAUUUUUUUGGGAACAAACCUCUCCCAAUACCUGGAAUUCCAGGUGGGAAAUUUUUUCCUCAAAACCUAGGUGGGUUAAAAAUUUUAGGAACUUCUAAUCUAGCUUAAUUUUAUGGAUAAAAAUAAUAAAUCGUCAUUUCGUAGUUACUUCGAAUUCACGAUUUUUAUUUCUAGCUUAAUUUUAUGGGGGCUAACAGCCCCUAGUAAAAAUAAUAAAUUGUGAAACCUAUAAAAUAAACCUAGGUGGGCAAUUUUUCACCCAAUGUUCCAGGUUCUUGGGUGAGGUUUGUUUGGGAAGCUGAAAAUCUCAUUGAAGAAAAUGUUAAACGUAUCAUUUCUAGGUUCUUCGAGCACUUUACUGGUUAUAUGAUGCGAGUAAUUCAAGGCGAAAAAUCAGACGAGUUAGCCAAAUUCUCUCGAGAAAUUCAUGCGUUAUCAUCUGGAGCCAAACCAGUUGCCACGUGGCUCGGAAAUGAAUCAUUGGCAGAGGCGCGGAAGGCUUGCGGUGGACAUGGAUUUUUGCAUUUGUCAAGAUUGAAUACGCUUAGAGAUGAUAAUGAUCCUUCAAUGACUUUUGAGGGCGAGAAUUUCAUGAUUUUACAGCAGACUAGUAAUAUUCUUUUGGCAAAGGUGGGUUCUGAGGAAAAAAAUGAAAAAAAUCUAAAUGUUCAACUCCAAGUUUUGGAAGUUGAAAAUUAGAAAAAAAAUUGAAAAAAUUUUUCCUUUAUUUUCCAGUCAAAAUCCUCUGCCAAAAUCCUGACACCAAUGAGAACCAUGGAAUUUUUCAAUCACCAACCCAUCAAAUUCCAAGGCUGGACAAAUGACACAAUUUCCGGUAGCCUCUCCUCAAUUUUCCUUUCUAAUGUUCUAUUUUCAGACGUUCUCCAAGCCUACCGUUUCCUUCUUCACCAUCUCAUUCAAAAAACCAAUAGUGACGCAGAAAUUCUCAAAAAAUCUGGCAAAAAUGCAUUUGAAGUUCGAAACGAGACACAAGUUCAUCGAGCUUUGAAUUUAUCAAUUAUUUAUUCGGAAAACACGAUAAUCGAGUGGACCAAAGAGUUUUUGGAGAAUGAAGUUGAAGAUCGAAAUGUGAAGGAAGUUCUGAGAAAAGUUCUUACACUUUAUUCACUUUUUGUGCUCGAAAGGCAUUUGGCUACAUUGUAUAUUUGUGAGUUUUUUGUAGGGAAAACAUUUUUUCAGAAUUCUGAUUCAUUUUUCUAGAAAUUUAAGUCUAAAAAUAUUAGAUUAUUUUUAAUAACUAGAAAUUUUGAGACAUAAAAAAACCUUAUCUCUCCAGCUGAAUACACAACCGGCGGUCAAUUCGGUGACCAACUUCGUGAAAAACUUCGAUCCUCCAUUUUCUCGCUGAAAAACGAGGCAAUCGCUUUGGUUGACUCAAUUGCUCCCGAUGAUUUCAUUCUUCAUUCAGUUUUGGGCGCAUCCGAUGGUCGAGUUUAUGAGCGAAUUUUCGCCGAAUUCCAAAAGAAUACCAAACAACCCGAGUGGAUUUGUGAUUUGGCUCAAUUUUUGCACAAAAAUUCGCAAAGCAGCAAAUUGUAA